GUGUAGAUGCUGUUGAAUCUAGUUCUAAUUUACGUAUCAGAAAAAGCCACAUACUAAAUAGAUGUCCCCGUAGAAUUUCUGUAAGAUUUCCCUGUAAACUCUGCCAUAUAAGCUCACUGAACCGCUAGUUGGGACGAAGAGAUUUAAUGGAGUUUUACAAUAAUUUAAAGGUCAGCGUGUGCCCAACUUAAGAUCGGCAGGAGUUUAAAGCCUACGCAAUGUAAACAAACACAGAGUAUGAUGGUGAGCUCCUGCAGGAAGACUUACUGAAGGCACCUGGACCUACAGAUGUAUAUAUACAUCAUACAGUCAUACCUAUAUAUGUGUAUAUUGUUAUUGACAAAAGAAAAUGUCAUCUGUGUGGAACACGGCAGAAAACCUGCUGCUGGGGCCACGUAUGGAUUCGGCAAGGGGGAGGGGUGGCCACCUAUCAGAUGUUACACAUACAGUGGAAGAUGCUGAAGAGGGAGAAGAGGUAUUACCAGUUACAAAUCCCUCAAUGACAACAGCGACAGCAAAUCCAACAGCGACUACUGUAAACUUGCCUGGUAGAUCUUCCCCAACAAUUACCCCUCCUGGUUCUGGGCGAGGGUUGUCUGACAAAAGUCGUGGCCGUGGAAGCAGCCUCCCUCCUGCUAUUGCAGAAAGGCUGGCUCGACAUAAAGCACAAGAACAACUGGUUUAUAAGAGAAAAUUGAAACACCUAAAACAAAUUGUUAAUGAGCUUGUUUUUGAAAAUGCAGCCUUAUGUGACCAGGUUGCAGAGGUUCAGCAGCAGGUGGUUGUGGCAGCAGAAGAGAGAACAUUUCUCCUAAAGAGACUCUGUCAGUACCAAACCACAACAGACCAGCAUAACCAACUCAACACUAAAGUAAAAACUGAGAGUAACAGCUACUUUAUAUUGGGUAGUGGAAGUGUGGACAAUUGGGACAGUAAAAAGCCCAAGUUAGCAUCACUGAAGCGUAAACUUUCUGACCCCAGCCAAGGCAGUCCCAGUGCAACCACAUCUCCAUCCGGGUCAUCUGAGAGAACAGUGAAAGCUAGGAAAAGUGGGAGUAACAAACCAAAGCGCCUUUGCCCUCCUAUCACUUUAGAUUCAGCUGGACGACCCAUCUUCCCCAUAACCCUAGGACCACUGACUAUUCAUACUAGGAAUGCUCACAUUCCAUGGUCGUGUACCCCUUUAUACGGAGGCGGCUUGCAGGCACUGCAUUUGGAUCCAAACCUCCGCCAUCUCUCCGCCCCCUCCGCCAUUUUCCUUAUUAACGUCUUGCAGAUUGUCAGUGAGCGUGAAGCAUACCACAGAGAACAAUGCAUUUUCCCAGUUGGUUUCUGUUCUUCUAGAAUAUUUGCAAGUCUCAGAGAUCCAUUGAAGCCAGUGCUGUACACUUGCAAGAUACUAGAUGGUGGCCUCAUCCCACGGUUUGAGGUAGUGUGUGAAGAUGAGGAGGAUGCAGUAGUGGUGGGGAACUCUCCAGCAGAGUGCCACAACCACAUUCUUCAAACCAUCAACCUUGCACUUGACAUGGAUCUGCUGACUAUCAGGCCAGAAGGUAGUAACAGUGAAGAGCGAGGUUGCCGCUUUUUUGGAUUGACUCAUCCUAGUGUACAGAACGUGCUGCAGGCUUGUCCAGGGGCAAGAAAAUGUUCCCGCUACAAAUGGGUCAAAUUUGAGGUGUGUCGCAGUGAAGCUGAGGUAGAAUGUGUGUUUGAAGCAGAGAAGGAAGCAUCACUUUGUCAUGAGGCAUUACUGCGCAAUAUCCGCUUUGCUCGACACCACGUAACAUCACCAUGAGGAUUGCUGUCUUUAAAGUUUCAUUUUAAUGCAGACUUCAGAUUUGUCAGUACAGUGCUGUUUAUAUUUUUAUGAACUUGCUCACACAUGCAUUAUGCAUGCUUUUUUACCAAUUAGUAAGAAAAUAGUUAUACUAAAGCAAAUGUCAUUGAAAUACACCGAAAAUCCAGAAUAAAGUAUAUUGUAUAAUUAUGUGAAGAUAAUAAAUUAUGUAGGCAUAUGACAA